AUGAGUGCCCGCAAGAGCAGCAGGACCAACCACGAACGGCCAAUCUUCGCCCCACAGACUCCGCGUUUGCAGCUCCAUCGAGUUACUCCGAGGCGGCGAGGCACUGGAACGGGUGCCGCACGACGGGCUUCCGCAACGAGACACAUGCCUACUGGUAAACAGGAAAGAGCUACGCAGCCAUGGAACAAGCAUCAUGGAGAGCAACCUGUUGCUGCUUCAUACUACCCCCAGGUAUUCCCAGCAAGCUGCAUGCAAAGCUUGCUGGAGUUCUCGUCGCCUGGGAAGGGUUUCACCUGGGUUUGGGCCGGAUGGUAA